UUUGGUUGUGGCUAGCCAAAUGGGUUGCAUGCCCAAUAUAACUUCCUUCAUGAUUACGGAUGAUGGCAGCCGAGCGGGUGAUGUUGGACGUGAGCCUUCUGGUAGCCAAGUUAACUUUAUAGGUGUUGAUCGGCGGUUUGAUCCAGCUGCUAAGAGUGGCAGUCUUAGGGCUCUUUCUGGGAGUUAUCAUCUGGAUGUUAAAAGAGGCAGUGAGAAUGGUGGCAGUGAGGGGUUUGGCAACCGAAAUGGAAAAGAUAUCAUAUUUAAUAGCAUUUAUAGCCUCAGAUUUGAUGACAAAAGAGCUCUAGGAUUGGCUACAGGAUCAAAAGAAGAUGAAUGGAGCUUGAAAUCGGCGAUCAGGAUGACCUUCUGUCAAUCGUUCAAGCAUAUCUCUUUGUAGAAGCUGUUAGUACCCAAUUAUGAUGAUUUUGAUGAUGCCACUAUACUUUGCACUAGUAUAUUGUGUCUAAUUUAAUUCGUGCAUUAGUAUUUAAAGUUAUCCAAAAGUGACAAAACAAAUGUACAAUUUUUGUACCAAAUAAAAUAUACUGGAAAGAAUAAAAUGCAAUAAGGUAAAAAUGUCUUUACCUUACAUGGAUGUUUAAAUCCAACCAGUAUAAUUUUAUCUGAUACAUAGAUCAAUCAUGUCACGUCAAAAGAUCA